AUGAAGACUUCAAUCCUCUUCAUGAUGACCACCUUUCUCGCGAUCUCUAUCUCUCUCAAUCACGAACUCUUACCAGUUGAAGUAGAUUGUAACAACAUACUAUUACCAGUUGAAUAUUACUCGCAGACAGUGUUCUUCGAUAUGGACAUCCACGGCCAACCAGAACUAAAGACAUGUAUCUUGAAAAACAGUCUUUCUGAUCUCUCGCGGGUCUUAAUAAGCAUCUACGGCACAAAAAUAGACAUUAGAGUCAAUGUCACAAGAAACUUUAUAAAAACCAGUGAUAACCCCAAUGUGAUAAUCAUGACAAAAUAUUUAACACCAGCGAUGAUGGACUCUUCGCUUUGGAAGUUCUUCUUUAGAUCCAGGUGGUCUAUACUGUACAUUGUCAUCACUGGAGACAAGUUCAAAUGCGAGAAUGGCACAAUGGAUACGAAGAACUUGUCAUUGCUCGAGAGAAUGAUGAAUGUUCUGUGGCAUAGGUUUCAAAUCAUGCGUGUUGCUAUAUUAUUUCCUUUCACAUGCAAACAAAAAAUCCUUCUUUACCACGGAAAGCGGCCUUCAUCUAAGGGUUUAUAUGACAGAUCGGUUAAGUUAUACAACAAUUCUAACUCCCAUAAAACGUAUUUGGCUAUAAGGAAGAGCGGUGAGAAGUUGGCUGAUGACUAUCCUAUGCGGGGGAGUAUAUUUUAUAGAUAUCCUACAUCUGUGAAGGACUGUAAGAAUAUGCGCUACUAUGACUCGUGUUUCAAUUUGAAGUUAACUGGCGGCCACUGCGGCGUAGACGGAAUGGUGAUGCACGACAUCCUCACACAUCUGAGGUUUAAUCUGACCAUGCCGGAAAAUGAAAACUGCGACAACUACGGGUACGCAGCGCCUGGCAACGUUAGUGGCGUGUUGGGAUGUAUCAUCCGCAACGAGGUGGACAUAUCCUUCAAUUCUAGAUUCCUGACACUGUACUCCGACGAACAUCUGUAUUACCUGCAUUAUGUCAAGACUGAAAAAUUGUGUGCCUUAAUCAAAAAACCUUCCAUCAUACCAAUUUGGCAAGGGGCGUUUGAUAUGCUUUCGCCAGAGCUGUGGGCACUGACAGGUAUGGUAUUAGUUGUCAUUGCUUGCAUCCUGUGGGCCACUGCGAUGGUCAACAAAACUCUGACCGGCUCAGAGACGGAAACAUUCUGGAGAUAUUUGUACACCAGCGUAUUGUCGACUAUGACUGGCUAUUCGCCGAUGAAAAGAAAAUCAUUUCUGAUGAUAAGAAGUGCGUGUUUAAUGGGAUCAAUUCUGAUAUUAGCUCUAUAUCAAGGUCAUAUGAACAGGGUGUUCACAACGGUGAAACAUUUUCGUGAAAUUAGGACGCUCCGAGAUCUAUACGCUUCUAAGACUACCAUGUAUACUUCUCCUGCAAUGAAACAAUUCAUGAAACAACUACAGAACCCUGGGGACAAGCUGCAACAAGAGUACUUUGAUCGCGUUCUCGUGACAUCCAACGGGAAAAUAGACACACUCAUGCAUCGUCCAGACUUAGCGACAAUCGACAGAAAAUCCGACGCCUUAAUGCAGAUUCUCCAGAACUACACUGACCGUUUUGGUACGCCGAUGAUCGACAUAGUGGACGAAUGUUUCUACACUUAUUACUUGUCAUACGUUGCGCGAUCAGACUUCCCAUUCUUCGAAGACGUCCAAUACUUCACGGAGCGUCUACAAGAAUCUGGUCUUCCGAGCAUGUACUACAAGUGGACCCAGCAGAUGCUUGACAUUCCCAGCUUGGUCACAGACGACAACCACAGCGUUCCACGGCCUUUCUUUAAAAUAAGGCUGAGGGACGAAUACGUUGCUUUUGGGAUACUAUUCAUUGGUUCCUUAAGUUCACUCGCAGUUUUCGCAGCUGAAAUAUGGAAAGGGAAACGACAAAAUGAAGAAUCACGGGUGAAGAACGAAGAUAAAUCUUAA